CGGGCUACGUGCUAACCAGCUAGCUAGCUACAGGGCUGUACAGUAGAGGUGGAGAUUGUGUCAAAACGGUAUAUAUAGGUAUAUUUUUUAUUAUCUCGCCAGAUUAUUCUAUAAUGCCCAGUAAAAAGAAGAAAUAUAACGCUCGAUUCCCUCCGGCAAGGAUUAAGAAGAUUAUGCAGACUGAUGAGGAAAUAGGCAAAGUGGCUGCAGCAGUUCCUGUCAUCAUAUCACGAGCCCUUGAGCUUUUCUUGGAAUCACUCCUUACAAAAGCCUGUCAAGUCACCCAGUCGCGGAAUGCUAAAACAAUGACCACAUCACACCUAAAACAGUGCAUUGAGCUGGAACAGCAGUUUGACUUCUUGAAGGACCUGGUUGCAGCCGUGCCAGACAUGCAAGGCGAGGGAGAGGACAACCAUGCGGAGGGAGGGGACAAGGUGGCCCGCAGAGGUCGGAAACCAGGGUCAAGUCGCAAAAAUGGUGGAGCAGGCUCCAAGGGGAAAGACAAGAAGCUGUCGGGCACAGAGUCUGAACAAGAGGAUGACUCAGAGGACAGCGAGACGGAGGAGGAGGAGGAUGGGUCUCAGUCAAGCACAAACCUACAGCCAGCUUCACGCUUCCACAGCCCUGACAUGCCACCUCAGUACCUCCAUGUCGGCAGCGCACAGGGUGCCCAGCCCAUGCCCAUGCCCCUGGGCUCCUUCGCCCCUCACCCUUCGCUGAUGGGCACAGCGCCCCCACCUCCAGCCCCCAUGCCGCACAAAGAGGAGGAGGACGACGACGACGACGAAGAUUAUGACUCUUAGCUCCCCCCCCCCCCCCCCCCCAACUCUUUUACAUUUUAUUUCCUCCUACGUUGUUCUUAUCGAGGCUGCACUGAGGAGGGGCGGGGGGGGGGCGGGGGGUAGACGCUGAGGUAUCGCAGCCCCGUUGCAAGGAGAAAAGCCCACAACAGCUGGCAGACACAGGCAUGUAGCCUAGUCAAGACAAAGACCCUGCAGAAGACGAGUCAUCAGUUGUGUAUUAAGUGUUUUAAUUUUCUUUAUCUUUUUUUUUUCUUUUAUCAAUUCUUGUUUUAUUGUGGAGAGAAAAAAAAACUAUGAACCCGUUUUUUUUUUUUUUUUUUUUUUUUUUUUUUUUUUUUUUUUAAAAGAUGUGUCGGUUGUUCUAUUCUGACUUAAAAAUGUAUGUUUUGAUAGACCCACCCCCUCUCAUUCAGACAGGACACGCUAUGAGUCCCUCAUGUAGUUUGCACUUUGGUUUUUCUCUCUCGUCUUGCUCCAGUUUCCAGUAUCAGACUUUAGUGGUGUUCAAAGAACAUAUCACUAGCUCCUUGUGAAUGUCAGUAUUGGCCUCAGGUUGGUAGCAAGACAAGCAUUAACCUUACAGCUUUAAAUAUAUACUAUACAUGCAAAAACAUCUACUCUAGAUUAGUUCAGGAGAAACCGUUAAAAGUAUUUGAAAGUGAUCAGCACUUGAAUAAGGGAAGGCGAUGUCCUACGAUUGUCUAAGGAAUCAUUUCAUCACUGGGAUAUGGGAGAAGAUUCUGGAUUUUAUGGAUACUGAUUACGUUGGUCUAGAUGUAAGGUACUUGAGCAAUGGAGGAACUUCAUUACCAGGUUUAAAUCACGACUAGGCUCAAUUUGUGCCAUAGACACCAGUCCAUAAGGUGUAGGCCUUGCUUACAUGGAUCACCUGGUAGUCCAUUUGUUAGUAUAAGGCCCUAGGGCCUUAGAAGCAAUAAAGCAAGGAGAUGUAUUUUACUCUGGGUUGUGUAACUUCAGCAUUAUUUACCUUAGUUUCCCUUUUAAGACACAGUUUUUAUGAAGUUCCAGGCGUCCUAGUGAAUACAUCGACCUCACCUCAAAAGUCAACCAUAUCCAUAAUAUCAUUAUAUAUAACAACAAACUUGGUAAUCUGUUUAUUUUUUUUUGUUUCUGUUUAUUUUUAUGAUGACAAAAAUGCUCCUAAAAUUAUGAAUGAUAUUCCUUUGUGUCCCAAGCCCCAAUCAGCCACAACUCUUUACAUUGAAGACAGAAGGUAUCUGGGUUGCGCUUGCUGUGAUGUCAAAAGAUGAGACGGAUUCUGUGAUUCUCCCUUUAGAUUCUAACUUUGUUUUUAAAGUUACCCCCCCCCCCCCACCCCCUCCUUCACCUAUUAUUUGCCAAGUUUUGGACCGUUAUGCCCCCUUUUUGAAUCCAAUUUUCCUCCGUGUUUCAUGUUUCUUUUUCUCUCUUUUAGAUUGUUUUAAUGUACGCAUUUAAAACAGAAGAAGCAUAGGGCCUGCUACUCUGUCGGUCUUGAUAUUAAUUAGUUUCAAGGUAGGCAGUCAGAAUUGAUGCUGUAUGUAAAACUUUUAACAUUCUUUUUAUUUUGUAUGAGUGAAAUAAAGUUCAAAUUUCAAUAAAA